AUGGCCUCUAAAAAGGCGGUUCCGACGCCGCCCACCUCGAUCAAGGACAUAUCAUGUUCCAUAAUCUACGAGAACACUCUAUACACAUACUCCUCAACGGGAGUCUUACAGUCGUUGGCCCUUGAAGCUGGUGCAGAAUGGAAGGAAUUGGCAAAAGGCGUCGCCGUCACUGGCGGUGUCUGCGUUGGUUCGACUCCAGUAAAGCCUCGAGAACCUGGUCUCUUCGUUGUGGGCGGCAAAGGCCCGGAUGGAUAUAGGGGACUACAAAAAUUCACUUACUCGACGGGUCAGUGGGAGACGCAGAGUCCUCCGUCAGAGGAUGUCAUGAACAGGUUAGGCCAUGGCGCUGCCUACAUCAACAGUACCGAUGCAAUUCUAGUCUACGCCGGCAACAAGGACGGCACUGUACACGCUGGAUCGCAGACCUUUACGAUUGGAGCCUCGGCACCAUUUGAGGUCCGAUCUUUCGACUCGGCCGGCGUACCAUCAUUGGCGAAUCCAAUGCUCCUACCGUGGUCAAACAACCAGGCUGUUCUUGUCGGCGGCGAGGGAAACACCAAGGUCAUGGUGUUCAGCCCUGAGGCUGGAGGAUGGAAGGAUUCCGGUGCCACGCUGGCAGCUGCCUUGUCUAAGGACGUCUCAGUGAUGCGUGCUGCUGUCGUUGCUGGUACCGAUGGCAGCAAGUGUCUGUACACAUUCGACACCUCACAAUCACCCAAUGUCGUGACAAGAACGGCCUUGAUAGAUGCCCAGGGUCAACCUCAGACCAACUCGCCAGCCCUCAGUACCCGGGCGGAAAAAGAAGACGAAGAUCAUGAGUGGCGACUAAUAGAAAGGCGAGCCGAACAGUGGCCCAAGUACAACUCUACCUAUGCACCCACGGCAACCAGGACAAAUUUCGCCCUCGCCCAGGAUCCGAAUGGAAUGAUUGUCUUGGCCGGAGGCACCGACGGAGAACCAAUUGAUAUAUUCAACGGUCGAACCAACACUUGGAUGGACACCCCCGAUGUCUUCAGUAAUGACAGCGUCCGCGCUCUCGACUCGGUUUCGACCUCAUCGUCAAUUUCAGUAGCAUCAAGCACCUCCGCAACCCCCACCCCAUCCUCAACGCCAUCUUCUACAUCCACCUCGGUAACAUCCUCAGUCACCCCCUCCUCAUCUUCAGAAACAACCAUCACACCUGGAGCGGGAGUCUCGUCCACCAAAUCCGACUCUAAUUCCUCUAUUCCCCCGGUCAACACCAUUCUUGGUGCUGUUCUGGGAACAACUGCGGCAGUUCUGAUACUCCUCGGAAUACUGUACUGUCUUCUUCGGAGAAAGAAGAAGCGAGAGGAGUUGGAGGCUGGUCGCGCAAUGAGGGACAGUGGCCUCACCCCACUCACCGAGAAGGGCGGCGCCAUGUAUGCUGCCGAUGGCCUACCCCGCGGACCAAAUAACGGUCCUUUUAGGGGACAUCAGCAGCAAGACUCUCAGGGUUCUUUCUCAUCUAUGGCUAUCCUCAUGGGCAAAGUGAACCAGCAGCAUAAGCAGGCCGCAGUCCAGAGAAACCCCAGCAAGGAAUCCAAGCGCAGCUCCCAGAGCAGUAUACUCAACUCUGCAUUCAAGAAGUCCAUUAGCAAUCCUAUCCCACACCCAGCAAGCCCGAACCCAUUCGCCGACCCGCCGCCACCAAUGCCACAGGCACAGAUGAGAGAUGAGAAGGGCGGAACGGUUGUGUUUAGCAACGACAUUGGCGAGCCUCGGCCACGCCCACCUAGGCCGGACCGACCCGAUGGCACUAGGCGAUCGUCUGGAUGGAAUCGGUACUGGUCCGGAGGUAGCACGCUGAACAUCUUGGGCUUCGGUAGCGGUGCAAGCAAACGCACAACAGUGGCUUCUGAUGUCAGCAGUCGCUAUUCUGCCAACAUGCAGAACCGCAUUACUCAAGACUCGGCAACUGUGCCCCAGCUUGCCGUGGGCGGAAACAGGCUACCUGAACCCACGCCAGAGUUUCAACGCGUCAAUUCAGCCUCACCUACCAUAUCUGCUUCGCCGCAACUCGGACCGGGAAUGAAGGGUAGGAUCGAAAGACCCACUAGCACAGGUUCGGAUCGAUCUGGCUACUCAUCAGGCAUCCCCGCCAGCGUGCAUGAUAACUGGGACCCUACUGGCGCAGAUGAAGCCUGGGGAUCCAACAGGGCCCCAAGCAGCGCGUACAACUACAACAGCGCAUACAACAGUGUCUACAGCACAGCGCUCGCACCCCCAUCAAGCUCGAGUUCGAGGCCGCCGCUCCCUUCGGGCGUGAGCACACAACCACAGCUCUCAAUGGCAGCAAACAGCUCCGACAUGUCCUGGUUGAACCUUGGUGAGGACAAGAAAAAGAACUUUCACUGA